AGAUUUACUGUUUGUUAUUCGCCGUAGUAUCUUCUCCUUAGUCUGUGGUUAUUUGGUACAAACACAGAAGCCGCGAGAAAAAAGCGAAGCACAUUGAAAUUACGUUAAGAUACCUAAUUAAUAUCAGUAUAAGUGGAUGUAAAAAUUGCAGGAAAGCAAAGUUCCAUAGCAUUUCUCAGUAAACAAUAAAUUAACCUAAAAUGGCUGAUUCGACAGUAGCCGACGUUAGCAAAAUGAAGGUAGUCGAUUUACGGAAAGACUUGAAAGCACGUGGACUGUCAUACGCUGGGGAUAAAGCUGAGUUAGUGGCAAGACUGCAGGCAGCCAUGCAACAGGAUAGUAACGACGAGCAUGCAGAUAUCAACCUGGAUUCUGACGAGAUAGAUUCGGAUGGGGUACUCGACGAGGACGAUAGUAAAAGUCAUAAUGAUUUUGACGACACUGCCGUAGAAACACUCAGUGAAGAUCUAGUGCUCGCUGAUCAACCUCUGCCAGCCGAAAAGCCGGCCCCGGAUCCCGUGCCUGCGAGCGAGCCCAAACCACGGACGCUUAAGCGAAAAAUAGUAGCUCCCGACACCAAGGAGAAAGCGGAAGAAAAGGAUCACGGAAGCAAAAAAAUUGUCCUAAACAGGGCUAUCUCUCUCACAUCAACUCAACUUGAUCUUGAGUUAGCAAAAGACAUAGAAAAGAAAAGUGUACCAUCUGAUGAAGGAAAAAUAAAGAUUACUGCUGAAAUAGAUCCUAAAACGAAAAUGGAAUUGAGAGCAAAAAGAUUUGGUCUACCUGUGAAGAUGAGUGAUGAUGAACGUAAAGAGGCAAGAAAGCAACGAUUUGGAAUUAACAGCAAUAUUACAACAUCGUCCAGCAUUCUUGGUGGAGGCACACUUUCUGAAAACAUGGACAAAUUGAAAAAACGAGCUGAGCGAUUUGGCCAAUCAGUGUCAAAAAUCAUGACCGAUAUUGAGAACAAAGAGAAACUAGAGAAACGAAAAGCUAAAUUUGGAGCAAAAUGAAUUUGGCCUUUUUGAAUUUAGAUUGUAAGAAAUGCUUAAUUUAAGUAAUGGUUAUAUUUGUGACUGAACAUGAUUGUAUUCUAUACAUGUUUGUUCAUAAAAUUGGCAGUUUUAUGCCACUUAGAUAAUAUUUUACAUGUAAUUGGGACAAUCUAGUGAAUUCUUUUGUAAUACAGUCGGCAUCAAAUGGUGGCAAUGAAGACUUGCUAAAUAUUAUAUAGAACUUAAUAAGAACCAUUUAGUUACUUAAUAACUAAACAGUUCUCAAUGUCAUCUUGUUGGUCAAAAUCUUGCAUGAAAUAUUGAGGUUCAAUCAAAUACUCAAAUGACAACAAUCACUGC